AGGCUUUUCCCAGCUCUACCUUUAAAGCAAUCAUAGAUAUAUUAGAGAUAAAUAUCUUCCCGGACCCAGAUAUUGCUUUUACCAAUGAGUUUAUCAGAAGCGAUAUUGAUCUUCUUCAAACUAACGCUGGGAAACACUGGCUCUCUGUCUGGGAUACAGAAGGAGAUUCAUUCAGCCUUGGAGUUUAUCAAUUUGCCGAUCUCAUGUUCGACAGAGCAAUGAACGGUCCAGGUGUGAGACUUGCUGGCAUUACAAUCGAUUUUAUACGUUGUUUCAUGUUCGAUUUGGUCACCAAUUCCAUGCAUACGUUUGGCACGUCCUAUUUCAAUAUCGUCAUAGACAAAAUCGGCUUUUAUAAACGUAUUUGUUCGUGGGAAACCCGUGGAUUUUUCGAAUCAAACUGCGUGCCUCUCUUACAAGGUCUCAUCGAUUACAUCGAUUGUUUACGGGAGCAUGAUAAGACCCGGGAGCCGUGGGACUUCCCGGAGGUUCUUCCUAUAAAAUUAGAGAUCCUUAAAGGUAAACAUUGGCACGACAGUUCUGAAACCCCGUCGCUGGCGGAUAUCCGAGAAUUUGCACGAGACGUCACAUCUCUUAUCCCAGAGGUUAUAGAAGAAAAGUCAACAUAUGAACGAAACUGGAGGUCGCUCAAGCAAGCUGCGCUGCAACAAUUCCACAAGAAGUGCUUAGUAUCUCUGGCCGUUGAGCUUGCGUCGCUGGACAAGUUCGAGACAGAACAGCGAGUUAAGGACAAGCUACGUUUCGAAUUGAUAGAAAAGCUCAUCUUCGAAGCAGACGACCCCGAGGAUGACGAUCAAGAAGAUUUGGCGAACCGCUUAGGAAGGUGUUUAAGAAGUUGGUGGACUGAUCCGGAAGAAUCAAUUCGUCUGAACGUAGACUCUAUCGUAGAGAUGCUGCAGAGUCGUUAAAGGUCAACUAGUAAGCAACAAGGUCAUUGAGGUAAAGAAGGAAAGUGGAUUGGGUAAAGCGUAGCCCGAUAUUUCUUUUGGAGAGCGUUUUGUUUGUAGACGAAAAGCGAACAUGGAUGUUUGACUUACUUGACUUACUAAAGAAUGUCUCAUUCUUUUCGCAAGUGUAGUUAGGUAUUGAUUCUCUACGAGGAUAACUUAGCCACAGUUGGUGCAAGGUGCCUAACCAGUGCUGCGAGCCACAUGAUUUCGUCCAAAAAGCCGGACGUCCGAAACACGAGACGCUGUGCAAUAUGUAAGGUCAGAUUGGGGCCCUAUAAUUACACACGUAGAACCAAUCACAGCAAUUGUGUUGUCAGAACCUAGUACUGACGUCGCUAUCUCCAACCCUAGGACUCUGGAGGCUGUUCGGGUAGAACUGGCCGAGGAGGAAGAAAUUUGCUUCAAGUCGCACGGAAAUCAGGG